AUGACACCAUUUCAAAAAGAGUUACUAAGAAAUUUAGCUACUUCCGAAGAAGAUGUAACUUCUGAUCCUGAUAAGGCAUUUUUAUAUUCCUUAUUACCCGAUUAUAAAAGACUAAACUAUGAUCAAAAAACAGAUUUUCGUCUCAUGACUCUACAAUAUUUUAGAAACGUAUCAUUAGGAACUAAUCAACUACAAUCAACUCCACCAUAUUUUAACAUUAAUCAAAACACUAGUCAGAAUGUCUCUAUUCCAACUCAAUAUUCAAAUGUAUGUCCUUCAUUCAACCCUGGCAUGGGGAACAAUCAAAAUCAUAAUCUUAUGCCACAACCCUUGCCAAUAUAUUCAUCUAAUUUCAAUCCAAAUGCUCAACAUUCCACAUUAUAUUCUAAAAGCUCAUAUACUUAUGAUCAAUCCCAACAACCUACUACUAGUGGAGAAUUGAUUGAAAAAUUUUAA